AUGAAAAUCACUCGUGAUGGCCCCUUGCCGCGAUUUUCAUUGUCCAGGGGACCCUUCAAACAGAAACAAUUGCAGCCGCUGACUUCUAUCCUUCACUCCAGAAAAUUGGUAAUAAUUGGUGAUGGCGCCUGUGGUAAAACGAGUUUGUUGAGUGUCUUCACACUUGGCUACUUUCCAACGGUCCCAACGGUAUUCGAGAACUAUGUUACCGAUUGCAGGGUGGAUGGCCGUUCUGUCCAGCUAGCAUUGUGGGACACAGCGGGUCAAGAAGACUACGAAAGACUGCGACCUUUGGCGUACUCCAAAGCACACGUGUUGCUAAUAGGCUUCUCUAUCGACACUCCGGACUCUUUGGACAAUGUGAAAACAAAGUGGAUUGAGGAAGCGAACGAGCGUUGUCCCGGUAUACCCAUUAUCUUAGUCGGAUUGAAGAAGGAUCUCCGAGAUGAUCCAGUCGCAGUUGAAGAAAUGCGCAAGAAAUCGUUACGGUUCCUGACACCAAAAGAAGGUGGUGAUGCUGCCGCCCAAAUCGGCGCUCGAAAAUACCUCGAAUGCUCGUCGUUAACUGGAGAAGGUGUGGACGAUGUAUUUGAGGCAGCUACCCGUGCCGCACUUCUCACAUUCGAGAAGCAACGAAACUCGUGCUGCGUCAUUUUAUGA